AUGGCUCAUAACGACAGGAAGCAGAGUGGUGUUGCGAGGUUGCUGGGCAGUGCAUCUGCGGGUAUACUGGAGAUAGGUGUGUUCCACCCGGUGGACACCAUCUCGAAGAGACUGAUGUCGAACCACACAAAGAUCACCAGCGGUGCGCAAUUGAACUCCGUCAUAUUCCGUGACCACGCCGCUGAGGCGUUCGGCAAGAGGGUCUUCACUUUGUUCCCAGGUUUGGGCUACGCUGCCGUGUACAAGAUCUUGCAAAGAGUGUACAAGUACGGUGGUCAGCCGUUCGCCAACGAGUUCUUGAACAAGCACUUCAAGAAGGACUUCGACAGCGCAUUCGGUGACAAGACCGGUAAAGCCCUGAGAUCUGCCACAGCCGGGUCUCUGAUCGGUAUCGGUGAGAUCGUGCUGUUGCCAUUGGACGUGCUGAAGAUUAAGAGACAAACCAACCCUGAAGCAUUCAAAGGAAGAGGGUUCCUUAAGAUCCUGAAGGAUGAGGGUAUCUUCAACCUGUACAGAGGGUGGGGCUGGACCGCCGCUAGAAACGCGCCAGGUUCCUUCGCUCUUUUCGGUGGUAACGCCUUCGCCAAGGAGUACAUCCUGGGCUUGCAGGACUACUCCCAGGCCACCUGGUCUCAGAACUUCAUUAGUUCCAUAGUGGGUGCCUCCGCAUCUCUAAUUGUCUCAGCACCAUUAGAUGUCAUCAAGACCAGAAUCCAAAACAGAAACUUCGACAACCCAGAGAGUGGUUUCAAGAUCGUCAAGAAUACUUUGAAGAACGAAGGUUUCACCGCUUUCUUCAAGGGUUUGACCCCAAAACUGUUGACCACUGGCCCUAAGUUGGUCUUCUCCUUCGCACUUGCACAAUCAUUGAUUCCAAUGUUCGAUAACAUGUUGAAAAAAUGA